CCCAAACCUUUGCGAGGUUUACGGGUGGCACGGGCUGCUUGUAUUCGACUCCGCAGAAGGUAAAAAUGUCAGCCGUGCCCGAUGGUAAAAAGCUGGUGCGAAGCCCAAGCGGUCUGCGUAUGGUGCCGGAGAAUGGAGCUUUCAGCAGUCCGUUUUCGUUAGACGAACCUCAGUGGGUUCCGGAUAAAGAGUGUCCCAGAUGCAUGCAGUGUGACACCAAAUUUGACUUCAUCACUCGAAAGCACCACUGUCGACGAUGUGGCCGGUGUUUCUGUGAUAAAUGCUGCAGUAAGAAGGUCGCCUUGCCCAGGAUGUGCUUUGUAGAUCCAGUCAGGCAGUGUGGGGAAUGCAGCCUCAUCUCGCAGAAAGAACAUGACUUUUACGACAAACAGCUCAAAGUGCUCACUGCAGGAGGUACGUUCCUGGUCACAGUAGGCUUCUCAGAGAAAUCGGAGACCAUGGUGUGCCGGCUGUCAAAUAACCACAGAUAUCUUUUCCUGGAUGGAGAAAGCCAUUUUGAGGUGGAGCUGUCUCGGAUCUCCACGAUGCAAGUGCUGACGGAGACAGAGGGUUCCACCCCUGGAGAGAAAGAUAUUCACACUUACACCACUCUGCUGGACAGUCAUUAUAUAUCGGAAGGAGGGGUGUCCCAUGCCACAGGUAUGCUGCUACACUAUAAGCCCCCGGGUUCACAGGAAUCUCAGCAGCUUCGCAUGGAGGCAGCCGACGACAAAAAGAGCGCCUCCUCCUGGCUUGCUGCCAUGCACAAGGCUGCCAAGCUGCUGUAUGAGUCCAGGGACCAAUAAAAUAACUGAAGUCAAGGCACAGGGCGAAAGAGGAACGGAGGAGUGUUGAGACAAAAAAAGAGGGAUGUGUGUUGGUUAGAAACUCGGGUGUACGCCACAAUGCCUACUUGCUUUCAAUCGGACCUCUGCUUUCUGCUUCCCAUUUGGACAAACCGGAUUGGUCAUAUGACUCGUCCGUCACUCCAGUAGGGUGGACCAAGUUAACCAUUGAGUUUAGUGCAAUGUAUAUAUACACAUAUAUAGAGGAAAUGCACAUGUUCCACAGUGAAAUACGUUCGUCAAGUCUCACAGUUGAUUUUAUUUUUUUCAAAGCCUUACAAGUCACAUAGUCUGAGUUUAACACAAUACUCUGUGUGUGCAUACAUAUAUUUACUUUUUACUGCUGGCAUAUUCACUUGUAACACUUUUUGCAAUUGUUCCUCCAAAUCACCAGUACACACUACAGCAAGUGGUUCUUUUGAUUAUUAAGCAAGGUUGAGCUUUUUUGCUUUUUAACCAAGUAAUCCAUAUCUUGUUGCUUUCUAUGGGCUUGAGACAAGGUUUGUCUUCACACUACAAGUCAACCUGGGUAAAUGUAAAUGAAGCUCACUUUCUAAGAAAAUAGUAUUUGUGAGCUCUCUAUACAAAGCGUCCUUAUGAAUCCACGAUCAGUAUUCAGGAAACAGAACAUCUGAGGUCAUUCUGUUUUCUCCCUGAAAAACAUUUUCUAAUACAAAUGUGUUGUAAUAAAAUUUGUUGAUAAAAUGUUUGCAUGAUUUUAUAUAAUUUUUUUUCUUUUUUGUUGAUUAAAUCAGUUAUUUCUAACCUGGA